AUGUCUUUUCCAUCUAAUCGCAAACACAAUGUAAAGCCAAAUCAGGCUUCUAAUACUAUUACCAACAGUACCAAUAGUCACACUACAUCGCCGCGACCGGAACCUACCAUUAUCAAACGCCGCAAUUCUUCAUUUGCAGCACCAAAUUCACCCUGGUUCCGACGCAACUCAUUCUUAUCGCAAACGAUGAUCCAAGACGAAGAUUGCAGUGUUUAUGAAUCAAAUUACGGCGGGUUUUACUCGUCCUUUUCCACGCCGUCAUCAUCUUCGUUAGAACAAAAAGGUGUUUUCAACAACAAUCGGGGUACCCCACAUUUCUCGAAUUAUGCCAUCAUAUCAUUACGUGAGUGCCAAGGUUUCCUAUUCAACCAGGACCUAUUUGCUACCCCAUAUCAACAAGUGAGAUCCAAGGCAAACGCGAAACGAUAUAGUAUGAGUUUGCAAAGAGAGAAAAAGGUACUGCUGAGGCGAGGAAGUAGAGGCCACUCGACAACGCCUCAUGAUAUUAGAAACCACAAGAAUCGAAGACAUACUAGUUACCAUCCUCAACGGCCACAACUAUUAAAUAUAGGCGAAAAAGUUGGUAAUGGUACUGGCAAGGAUGAAGAUGGAGCAAUUAUUGACGAGGAUGAUUCGGAUGAAGAGAUGCAUGAUGCACAAGAAGUAUUAGAGAAUCCAAAUGGAAACACAAUUUCAAAUCAGACUAAAGCUGGUAGAAAUGAUCGAUUCGAAGAAGACGGAGGUGAAGGUCAAGAAGAUGAGAAUGACAGUGAAAUGGAUGAAGUAGACGACGACGAGGAAGAGGAAGAGGAAGACGACGAGGAGGAGGAGGAUGAUUACAGGGAAAUGCAUGCAUAUGGUGGAGACUACAACAAUAGAAGGUACAGGGUAAAAGUCACCGAUAUAUUGUUGGAUGAAGAAGAUAAUGAUAUUUUUCCUGCACCGGAUGUAUAA